AUGUUUGCUAAUAUUCUGUCAGCUUUGUCAAUAUCUGCAGACAAUUUUUUGGUUUGGAUUACUGGGAAAUCUCCUUACGGUAUAACUGUGCACCACAUAGAUGACGUGCUUAUAGGAAACAGAUAUAAAUACAUGAUUCAAAACGUAAGAAAAUAUCGGGGUGCCGGUUAUGAUAGUGAUAAUUAUCUAGUGGAAGUCAAAUUAAGAGUAAAAAUUAGGUUAACAAGACUUGAGCACGAUAACUCAGUCGAACUAGCUAUUAAUAUACACAAAUUAAGAGACGGUGAUACUAGAAUUGUUCUUAGAAACAGAUUUAAUGCAUUGGCUAUUAGUGAAAAUAUGGACGAUAGUUGGGAGGAUAUUAAACGGGUAGUGAAGAAAAUGGGGCUCCAGGAAGUCCUCCUAACAAGUAAGGACAGCAAGAAAAUGAUACCAACCAUAUGUUCAGAAGCUAGAAGAUCACGAAGGGAACCUUUCAAUGAGUUCGGAGUUACAAAAUGUGUGGUAGAUGGCGGAGUAGAGUUGAAUAGUCAUCACAAGGUGGUAGGAUAUGCUGCCGACUUAGCGUUACUUGGACAACGCGAAUCAGACCUGAUUAGAUUCGCGGAAGUACUGGAAAGAGAAGAAGAAACGGUUGGUCUUAGAAUCAGACGAGAUAAGUUACAGUACCUUGAUAAGAAGCGGUAUAAAGAUGUAAAAGUGAAGGGAAAUAGUCUACAAGUUAGAGGGACAGCAUAUAAGGGACUUGAAAAAUUCAAGUAUCUAGGUUGCACUAUAACUGCUACGAAUAAAAAGAGAAAACGUGAUAAACAUCCGCAUUAA